AUGGUUGCGACAAACUUGGCGGCUCUGCUCCCCAAGAUCGUCGCGCUGACGCUUCUGUCGCUACCGUCCGACCGAGAGCUGUGCGUGACCUACACGACCUUCAAGGAGUCUAGCAACGAGCUGAAGGCGACCAAGUUCACGCAAUGCGAAAGCACGGAAAUGACGUCUGGCACGCCGGCAGGGUAAGUUUUUCGUUUUUUGAAGGUUCAUUUUUUAAUUUUAGUCGCUUCUUUGAUGUUUUCAUAUUUUUUGACGUUUUUGUUAUGCCACGUUUUUAUUGAUAUUUUUUGACAUUUUUUUAGAAUAUUCAAAACGGCUUCUACCCAGUACAAGUUGCUGCAACUGUACCCGGUGAACACAGCACUCGACUCCAUCCUCUUUAGUCGUUUGGCCAUUGUUAGUGAGUAGGUUUUUUUUCAGCUGGGAAAACUUUCUUUAUGAAUAACUUGCAUUAAUCUAGGCAUAUAUAUUUUAAUUUUCAGGAAAACGCAGUACAACGGGCUCUCGCUGUUAAAGGUGGCACCAGCUGAACCCAAGCUCUUGAAACAAGAUGUGAAUGCUAAAGAAGCUCAAUUUGGUGUUGCUAAUGGCCACAUGUUUUUCCAAAAUUGCGAGGGCGGGUCUGCGAGACACAUUGACAUGGCCAAUUUACCCCAAGGAGAUCUCCCAAUGACCCAUGAAGGUUUGAUCAUAUGUGGCAAACCCGAAUUUGGACAAACGAAGGAUGGUCUUGUCUGGACGGAAGCUGAAGGAUGUUGGACAUUGGAUGGUGACAACCUGAAGCCUUCGGAUCGUUCAGAUGUUACUGAGCUGGUUUUCACAAUUGUAAGUGUUUACUUCAAACUUUUAUGCUUUUCUUGUAUUCUUUAGCAGGUUUUGUGGCUUUUAGUUGUUUUGUAAGUUAAAAGUUUAGUUUUUAUUUAAAUUUAAGUGAAAUGUAUUGAAAUAUAAUUGAAUUUUUAAUGUUUCAGGAGGCCUUGGUGAACAUGGAUCCAACGAUCGCCCAAGAUGUGGACCAGGCCGACUUGAAGACGAUGCUGGUCUUGGUUCACAGCCAGUAAGUUGAUUAAAAGUUUGGUUUUGGAAUAUUUUUAGCAGUUCUAUCCAUUUGACUUUUUUUUUAUUUUUUGAAAUUUUAAACUUAUUUUUCAGGCUUGCUCCACAGACCACCUGCACCACCACAACUCCAGCGGGUGAUACUACAGAAUUGAGUGUUACUGAAAUGAGCAAAAGCCCCGAGUAAGUUGAUUUUGAAUUUUUAUAUAAUUGAAAGAUUUAGACUGAGUUUUAGUUAUUUGAAAUUUUCGGUUUUUCCAAAAAUGGAUUAAAAAUUGUUUUUUAUCAAAUUUUUAGGCAUGAGAUAUGAGUUUGAAAAAGGGGCCAUAUUUAGGCUACUGUAACAAAACAAUAGGCUACUGUAACUAGAUAGUUGGUUGUUGGCUACUGUAACUACAUAGUCGGCUACUAAAAGCAAAGGAUGGACUACUGUAACUAGGGUACUAUAACUAGGUGAGCUACUAUAAAUAAAUAGUAGGCAACUAUAACUAGAUAGAUGGCAACUGUAACUAAAAUGACACUAAUACUAUAGUGAAAUCAAACGUAUUCAUUAAAAUAAUAAAUACUAAAUUCUUACAUUUUAUCCAUCUGUAUCGCAUAGUAAAAGUCUUCACAAACUCAAUAGUAGAUGACGUCUUUGAAGGAAGAUGAUCAAAGUUAGUUUCCGUCCUCUUUAAAUCGUUUCUCUAGUAAUACUGGGUUAUUUCUUUAGAGUAGCGCCAUUCAAUUUUUUUGAUUUCAGCUACUUCAACAUGAUUGGUUAUGCAGUCGGUGGCUUCGCGCUCCUUCUCGUGUUUUGCGUGGUCGGUUCCACUAUUUGGUAUACAGGAUGUUUGAAACGGAAGCCGACGCCACUCCAACCGUCUACAACUCCUAGCGAGAAGGACACCACGCCAGUUGACAGCAAGGAUCCCGCCUCCAAGACCGACAAGAACACGAGCAAUUCCAAGUCUGGCUUCCGUUUCGUCAAUAACCACGUGACUGACUGA